UUAUGGUGGAUCAUCUAACUAAGUAGGGCUAGAGGGAUGGGUUUAGCUUAUCACGAGUUGGGUUUAGGCAAAACAUUACCCUAAGGGACUUUCUAAGUGUUUUUUAUUUUGAUUCACAUAGUCACCUGUGACUAGAGAGGUGAAUAUAGAACAUGUUGUUAUAGGUUUGGUUGCCACCAUCAUAAGGGUUUCAUGAUGUUGUCCCUUAGGAUCCCACCACCUUAAAUACAUAUGAUGUUUUGUUAUAUAGUUAACGUCUUGUAGAGGGGUUUAUAAUAUUGGACCCUAUCCAAUAGUAGAGCAAUUGUUGUGCGGAGCCGUCAUCUGAGGGAGUGCUGAAAAAAUUUGGAAAAAGCUUCAGUUCAUGGAAAGUGAUGAACUGGUCCUGUCACAUAUGUUUGUAUUUCAGGUACCUAUUACAGACUUCUCGUAUAAGUUAAUAAUUUAAUACUGUGCACACUCAUAACAUUAGAUCAUGUACGAUAUAUGAAACAUCCAAGUCUUCCACAUGUCGUAAUAUCUGUAAUUCCAUCUCUCGUGAAGGAAAGAAUUCCUCAUUUCAUCAACAAUAAACUCUUUAUAUACAGCUCCCCUAAAGUAUCUCACCCUGACAAGUGAGGAACCAAAAAAAGAAAAGAGACUUUCCUCAGGUUGUCAGCCCGAAACUCUCACCAAUCCACAUUGUGGUGAUCCCAGCACAUAGCACUCAUCCCACUUUACUUAUAGGUUCCCAGAAGUCCAAAUGACCUGGAUUCCCCCUUUUCUUUUAGUUUAUUAUAUUUCUAGAAAUUUCCAGAAACAUUCCUUCAAAGCUGGAUGACACUUAUAUAGCCACCAUUAAAGCUCCCAGGGUAAAUACCCAAUGAAAAGGGAAGCUGUAAAUGGCCAAACCUUAGGCUAGAGUUACAUAUAUGCGGUGUCCAGCUCCGGCAAAACUGGGCAUAAAUUGCCACAACUGAUGCCAGAAGUGCAUCAGUUGGCAUCAGUUGUGCAUCAUCUGGCAUCCAUUGUUUGUGAUCGCUGAACGGGGGAAAGCAACAAGAUGCGUUCCCCUGUCUUUGCCGGUCCGGCGAGUCUAAUCAUCCAGUGUCCAAACUGAGAUGCCGGAUGAUUGGGAACUAUCCCAUUCAAAUGAAUGGGAUCAGUUCUUGCUUCACUUUCCCUCCGGUGCAUUUUCCGCAGUGCCGGAGGGGGAAAAAAAACUGAUGAGGCAUAUAUGUAAAGGAGGCCUUACAUGCUAACCAAUAAAAUGAUCGUCCAGCCAAGUAAGACAUAGGUGAACUGGGUCCACCAGAGCAAGAGUUGAUGUUUAUUAGCUACCAGAGGAGCGUCCAAGCAGGAGAUCCUACUGGAUGACAUCAGUAUUCCCUGUUAAGGCACAUGGAAAGAAGUUGUUAUAGUUGGAUGUCUCUGUAGACGUUAUGAAGAGAGAGACUACAAAGACCAUCCAUCACUCUGGGGGACCUACCAUGUUUUUCCCUUUUCAUACCUUUUGGGCUAAUUGCACACCUCACCUCCAAAGUGCAGUUUUUCUGGAGAGAUAGAGUACUGUACAGGUUCUUACCCACCAAUAGUAAAGGGCAUGUGUAACGCCGGAGGUUGGAGUCCGCCGGUGUGUUGCGUGUACCUCUGCUUACCAGUACCACCUCAUGCAUGCAGAACCCCUGCUUUGCUCUAUGCUCUGGACGUCCUUAUCUCCUGCAUUGUCAUGUCUUAUGUGGGCCGGGCACGCGCACAAGCCUCCUUCUCAUUCUUGUCCUUAUCCAAUUCUUGCCAGGCACCACCUAUAUUAGAGCACUCUUCCCUUUCUGUGGUGCCUGAGCAACAUUUUAGUAUCUACAAGUGAAGGUGUCUGGAAACCUGUGUCUGUCCUGAACCUGACAUCCUGACUCUGUUACUGCCUCAUACCUUGUACCUGCUUGAUUCUUCAGUGUAUGACCCGGACUGUCGACUACGCCUGAACCUCUCCUUGAGAAGAACACCCCUAAUCCAGAACAAGAUAUUUUGUAAUGGAUUUUCAGUGCUUCUUUAUGCUGUGUAUCCCUGUUUUCAAGAAGACCAUCCCAUUACAAUUUUCAGUAAUUGUCUCUCAGACUUAGUAAAUUCUGAACAUAAAAAUUAAUCCAGAACAAUGCAAGUAAGAAAGAAGCGAAUAUCUCAUGAUGAUAAUCCAGUACAAUGUUAAGUCCAAGGUUUGGGUGAAGCCUCUGUCAUCGCUUGAGAUGUUAGUGUUGCAGAAUAUCAGAUUAUUUUAUCAUCACUACGAGUCUUGUUCGGGACAUCUGUUUAUGUUAAGAUCCUGGUUACUCUUCUUGUGAAAUCUUACCCCUGACAGGUGAUAUCCCUGUUCUUUUUAAAGUAAACACCAGGAUGGAGACAUUCUUGGUUCAGUUGUCAGAUUAUGGCUCCAUAUGUGGUGGGACAAUCAGAAUAGAUUUACAUCAUACGGAAUAAGUCAGAUAAGAUCUUCUCAGCAGAUAAAUAUAGAACUUGUUCUAUAAAAGACCAGAUUCACAGCCGGGGAGAGAUCACGUCUGAAGCAGAGAUGGCCUCCUCCGCAUGUAUGGUCCUUCUCUUGGUCCUCACUCUUAGUAAUGCUGAAGACUCGUGUCCAGGUAAGUCAGUGUCCUGGGGUCAGGAGACCAGAAAACACCAUCUGUGGUAGGUAUUGCUCAAUAUCUCUUACAGGCAUUUGUAGGAUUAAAGUGAACCAAUCAUCAGAUUUUACCAUAUAUAAAGCUUGGAAAUGGAUUAUAUAAGGUAAAAUCUGUAUCUUCACCAUCCCGGGGGGAUGUUUUUUCCCCCAGGGAUGGUGAAGAUGGGCGGAGACUUAUAUUCACCGCCACCUGUUGCUCCCUGUCACUCCGGCCGUGACCCCGCCCCAUCAGCUUGAUUGACGGCUUGGGUCAUCGCUCUGUUCCCUAAGCAGUCGAAGCAGAGCAGUGGCGCGAACCGCCAAUCAAGCCGAGGGGGUGUCACCAUGGCUGGAACGAUGGGUGCUGGUAAGUCCUUGCCCAGGGGACUACUUGCGGGGCGGCUGGGGGGGGGGGGGCACUUUAUAAUUUCAUUUCUUUAGCAUCCCUGGGGGCAAAAACGUUAUAUAUGGUAAAAUCUGAUGAUUGGUUCCCUUUAAUGGAUGUCUUUCACUAAAAACAUUUAUUUUGACAUAUAUACACACAGAUUCUACAUAUACUGGUAGAAGAAAUUCAGAACAGUUUUUGAAUAUUUUAUCAGACGUCAAUAUGAAGGGAUGAAGUCACAUCCCAGCUCACAAUUUUACUAUACGAAGGUAAUACAUAUCAAUAUAAGAAAGUUGUUGGUGUUUUCAGGUGGCGUAGAGCAGAUGACCGUUCUUCGAGGAUGUCCAGGGGUCCCAGGUGCACAAGGAGAUAAAGGAGAACGUGGACCACCAGGAGAAAGAGGUCCUCCAGGAAGUCCAGGAAAGGCCGGACCAGCAGGGGUAAGAGGAGAUCCAGGAGUUUCUGGGCUUCAAGGAUUAAAAGGAGACAAGGGAGAUCCAGGAUCCCCGGAAGCUUCGUAUACUGCUCGGGACUGUAAAUCACUGCUGGAGAAAGGUUUUACCCUCAGUGACUGGUACAUUAUAUACCCUGAUGGAAAACAACCGCUAAGAGUCCUAUGUGACAUGCACACCGACGGGGGCGGCUGGAUUGUCUUCCAGAGACGUUCCGAUGGUUCUGUUGAUUUCCUACGUGGUUGGGCGUCUUACAAGAUGGGAUUCGGCAGCCGCCUAUCUGAGUUCUGGUUGGGGAAUGAAAACAUCCACAAGAUAACCUCAUCCGCCUCCGUUAUCUGGCUGGAUAGGGUGAGAGGUACAUGGGAGCUGCGCAUUGAUCUCCAGGACUUCGAUACUGUAAAAUAUUUUGCUAAAUACAAGUCCUUUAAAGUAAUGGAAGAAAGUGAGAAAUACAAGUUGGUACUCGGAGACUUUAUUGGUGGUGAUGCAGGAGAUUCUCUGUCGUACCACAAUGGCAUGAAGUUCUCCACCUUGGACCAAGACAACGACGCUGAUCCAAGAAGUUGUGUUGAUGUGUACAAGGGAGCCUGGUGGUAUAACCAAUGUCACCAAUCCAACCUGAAUGGGCUCUACCAUCCCGGGAAACAUGAAUCCUUUGCUGACGGCAUUAACUGGUAUACGGGAAAAGGUUAUAACUAUUCCUACAAGAGAUCGGAGAUGAAAAUCAGACCUGCGGGAUAGAGGAGAGAAGUUCAGUACUGGAGUUGUUUUCUUAUGGAGUGACCCCCCCCCAAUACGGGCCAUCUUUAUAUCUACCGCGAUUGUCACUCAGCUGCCCAGAGCCCUGCACGUCAUAAUCUGCCUGGUGUUGUAUUAGUAUGGGAAAGAGAAUGUAUACGUAUCGUGCAGACCUCACUGUAUUUACUGCUGGACACUUGUAUAUAGUAAAACCUGCGGACAUGCUUCUAUGCAGAAAAAUUAGAACAUUUCUAAUAAUAAUAAUAAUAUA